CUCCCUUCUCCCCCAAAGCAGUGUAUCUUCAAUAAAAAACCAUAAACAAUAAUUAAAUUAUCCUUCUCUUUUCACUUUCAUUAAUAACUCCACUCGACUCAAUUCAGCAACAAUAAAUGUAGUAGUCGUCCAAAAAGCACGGCCAUUUCCGCUCCGUACUGCCGCUUUCAUCCACCACCAACACACAGACACCACCACACUCUUCGCCGCCUUCUCCUUGGUAUUUUUGCCACAACCGCCCCAACCCAACAAAACCUCUCUCUCCAAAAGAAAAUGUCAAUAUCUUUUAGCUUACCGCUUCUUCAAUAAUUAUUAUUAUUAUUACUCUUCUUCAACUCAAUUCAUCUUUAAUUAUUCCGUUAUUAAUCGUGGUCGUUGCCAUUAUUUUACUCGGUUUACUCGAUCCCGAAGGCUGAGAAAGAGAGAAAGAGAGAGAGACAGACAGACACGGGCCGCCUUUGCUGCUAGAGCCGUUUCAGGAAUUCCCAUCUGGUUCGCCAGCCACUUCGCCUCCAGUCUUCGACGUCGACGUCGUUGUCUGACUCCUGAUCCUCCACUUCAUCAAAAAUCAGUAUUCAGUAUAUUCGGUUCUCUCUGUCAGCGUUGUUCUAUACGUCUCUUCCAGCAAAUCUCCUCGAAUUCACAUGUUCUAGCGUCUGCCAGCCCUCGAAGUUCCCGGCUGUCUCUUCUCUGGAACGCUCCCCCCCCCCCAAACACAAAUCCAACGGACAUCACACACCUCGACAUCAAACUCGGCAUCAAACUUGACGUAGUCAUCCCAUACAUACUUAUCGACACCUGAGCAAGCAGAUCCCGCUUGCUUAUAUGCCAACAACCACAACAGCCCACGAUCUCCCCAAACGCACCGAUUGAGCGAAAAGACUCCCAAUUCUCAGCCGUCGCGAUCUAGCGAACAGUCUGCACGAUGAGGGAAGUCAACUUCAGCAUCCCGAAUGUCAACAAGGCCUCAGUUGGCAUCACGACUGCCCUAUAUGAUCGCCGUGCCCUCGACUGCACUUCAACCUUACCUCUCAUCAAUUCCCUGAACCACCUCGCAUACCUCACGACUUCAUCAGCACGCAUCAGAGAUAUCCUUACCGUCGAUGGCGGCGUCGAGAGACUGGUCUGCCUGCUCAAGGCAGGCCGAAGCAAGGACAUGAUGGAUAUGUGGAAAUGGAAUCUCGCUUUCCAGUGUGUUGUCAAUAUCGGCGUCCGAGGCUCUGAACCAGUUCGGACUAGGGUGGUAGAGGCAGACAUGGUCCCAGUUAUCGCUACAAUUCUCGACAACUACAUCAAGGUCGUAGACAGGUGCCGGGAGAAGGCGGAAGAAGCGAAACAGAAGUCUAUCCAAGAACAAGGAUCGAGUGGAAGGCAUGGCAGCCGAUCGUCGCAGAAAGGCACGUCGUUUGGAAAUCGAUCUGGCCGCGUGGACGCAGAGAAUCGCACAUUUAGACGCCAAGCUCCUCCUCCAUCCAUUGAAAUCCCAGCAUCAUCCGCCAAUGCCCCAGCGUCGGCAGAUUUCGCUGCCACAGAUGCAACACCAACAAACGCUGCUUUCUCCCUCACAUCUCCUCCCGAGCGAACUACGUUCGCUAGCAGCCACCAUCACCACCACCGCCAUCAUCACAGAAACCAAGACCCCCGACAUACCCCCCUCUUUGUUCCACCAUCCCGCCAUCAAAUCCAGCCUCUUGCUACCGCUAUACCCUCGAUGGAUGCAACUGACGGGUUCAACAUCAGACCUGUUCGCGAUGUCGAAAGGCUUCCUUCUAUGGUUCCAUACCACCACAGCGGAUUGACUUCACAGCCCGACUCUCCAACUACACCACUUCCUCCCGCACAACUAAGAUCACCUACAGCACGUCCCGCACCAGCGUCCAACCCAACCGCACGAGCUCGGAGGAGGCCAUCUAUCCGACAUCAAACAUCGAUGGGUGGUGAACAGGAAGAUCCCAACGGUGACAGUAUGGUGUCCGAUGAGUCUGGGGAGCCGGAUAUCGCUAGCGCAAGCACAGAUAUACAGACGUCGGUCGGAAUUCAGGACAUCAGCAUGGAUGAUGAGGGCGAUAGCAUGAUCACGGCUGUGGAGACUCCUCUGGGCUUAACCACCCCCACUGUAUCGGAAGCCCAGGAUGCAGGCACAUUCAACAUUACACACCGAUCGGCAAUUGACGGAAGUCUGAUCGCCGAUGCUACUACCCCAACAGGACCACCAAUGGGCCUCUCCCCAGCCCAGACAAAUAUGGCCAACAACUCUCCCGCCAUCAUGAUUACGACUAUCCCAAGAUACUUACUGGAUCGCCCCACUCCAGCAAACGCACAAGUCCUUGCGGCUAUGCCUCGCGACGAGGAUGUUCUUAUGUCUUUACAGCUCCUCGCAUACGUUUCUAAGUACUGCAACCUCCGAAAGUAUUUCCAACAGUCACACCUUGUUCCAAAGCUCAAGAUCGGCAAGGAGCUUCAUCUUCUGGAUCAGGAUGACAGCUCCUGCCACGCACAAACCGAGGACGGUUGUGAGAGUGACGAGGAGGAGGAAUACCUCCUGCCUGACGAUUUCAAUAUAUUCCCCCUCGUCGAGAAGUUUACCGUGCGUCACCACAGCCAGGAUAUGCAAUACUGGGCUGGCGUGGUUAUGCGCAACUUAUGCCGCAAGGACGACACAAGGGGAGGGAUCAGACAAUGCGCAUACUACCAAUGCGGCAAGUGGGAAGAGUUUACACGGCAGUUUGCCAAGUGUCGACGAUGCCGCCGUACAAAGUACUGCAGCAAAGAAUGCCAAAAGAGCGCAUGGGUUUACCAUCGCCACUGGUGCGUCGAGGCGUCUCAAUGAUGAAAGACAAUAACCACACUUCGACGAAACAAGCAUACUGGCCGAGCCCGGCUUUGAACAAAUCUUAAUUCCGAAUAGCGACUCAUUUGCGUUCCAUUGCAUGGCGUCUGCAUCAUGAUACCUCUCGGGCUGGUAACCCCAGCCUGUAGUGCGAAAUACAAUCUGCAAAACCCGACGAGUCCUCUGGUCACUCGUCGGACGAAUUUCCUUUGUCCGCCUGCCUCUAUGUCAACAUGACACGAUUACGAUGCCUCUCGUCAACCCCCGUCGGGGCGCUGGCUUGGCCGAAGGUGCCGAACGCCUUUGGGAUUACGGUAGUGGUGAACCGGGUUGGUCGUCACAACCAGCGCCGGGUUGGGAGUGGGAACAAUAAUGGGGUUUUUCUCUCUCGAAUUUGCACCGCGUAGCAUGGAGGAUUAAGGGUACGAACGAGGCGUUGUUCUUAUUUGUUACUAGUUUAGGAUGGACAUAGCACUCUCCUUCAGAUGGGGGCUUAGGCGGAUGAUUUGGGGG